GGGUUUAUACUUCUUUUUCAAAGAAAUUUAAGAUGCAGAUUAUUGAUCCUGCACAGCAUAAAGGAAGAACAAGAUCAGAUGCAUGAUAACCUUACAAAAACUACAAGAUGAAGCAUCAAAAAUAAAUAUUACACACCAUAAACAAUAACUACACAGUGUAAGAGACACAAAAUAGAGAAGAUAUAUUGACUGAGUAAUGUUAAUAAAUAUACUUAGUGUUCAGUUUGGAUGAUAAAACAAAUUUGAGUGCAGGUGAAACGGCUCGCUCCUGCCUCACCUCUCACCUGGCGUGACACAGAUACAGUAAGCCAGGUGUAAUCCCCCUCCUUCCUCCCGCGGUCCAGUAAAUGGAUUAACAGGGCGAGCGUGAGAGCGGCACAGAAAGCAAGAGAGAAACAGCAAGAAAGAAACAAGAAAAAUCAUCAAGGAGGAGGAGGACCGAAGAAGUGGCCGCAUGGGGGGAAAACUGGACGCCAUUUUGGAGGACGGGCUUUAUUUUUGAUCCGUAUGGAUCAGAGCGGGCCGAGAGAGAUCGACAGUCAAGACUGGAUUUGUGGAUCUUUUGCUCAGAUAAUCCAUCCAUCUGUCCUCCUCUCAAAACUGUUUAGCUGCCAACUGCUAACUGCUAACUGAACCGCUGCUAACUUAGCUUAAACUAAGCAUUGAUACAAUGUAGCCCAUUGCUAAUUUAAUUAUCUAUUUUAGCCUGUGACUCUAUAACUGCUGUCUAUAACUUCUAAACAGCCAACAGCCAAAGUCUAGCUGUAAACUUAUCUUGACUGUUACUUAACCUAGCCUGGUUUUUGUUAAUGUUAGCAUAGAUGUCAUUUUGCCUAGCUUUUAUUUAGCCUGGUUGUAAAUUACCCUUGAUGAAAGCUAGCUUGGCUGUACUUUAGUUUUGUUGAUGAGCUGCCACUUAGCUUGGUUAUAAUCCAGCUGGCUACAAUUUAGCCUAGCUCCAAAAUAGCCUGGCUCUAGCUUUAUCUAGUUGUUAAGUUAGCUUGGCUGUAACAAAGCCGUAAUUUAGCCUAAAUAAAAUCUUAGCCUUAUUGUGACUCAGCCUUGUUAUAAUCUAGCCGGCUAUAUUUUGUUAUAAUUCUUAUAGCCUAGCUCUAACGAAGCCUGGCUGUAAUUUAGCCUAGCUCUAAUUCAGCUGUAACUUAAAAACUUAGCCUGACUGUUACUUAACCUAGCCUGGUUUUCGUUAACAUUAGCAUAGAUGUCAUUUUGCCUAGCCUGGUUGUAAAUUACCCUUGAUGAAAUCUAGCUUGGCUGUACUUUAGUUUUGUUGAUGAGCUGCCACUUAGCUUGGUUAUAAUCUACCUGGCUACAAUUUAGCCUAGCUCCAAAAUAGCCUGGCUCUAGCUUUGUCUAGCCGUUAGCUUGGCUGUAACAAAGCCGUAAUUUAGCCUAAAUAAAAUCUUAGCCUUGUUGUGACUCAGCCUUGUUAUAAUCUAGCCGGCUAUAUUUUGUUAUAAUUGUUGUAGCCUAGCUCUAAUUCACCUGUAACUUAAAAACUUAGCCUGACUAUUAUUUAACCUAGCCUGGUUUUUGUUAACGUUAGCAUAGAUGUCAUUUUGCCUAGCUGUUAUUUAGCCUGGUUGUAAAUUACCCUUGAUGAAAGCUAGCUUGGCUGUACUUUAGUUUUGUUGAUGAGCCGCCACUUUGCUUGGUUAUAAUCUACCUGGCUACAAUUUAGCCUAGCUCCAAAAUAGCCCGGCUCUAGCUUUAUCUAGCCGUUAAGUUAGCCUGGCUGUAACAAAGCCGUAAUUUAGCCUAAAUAAAAUCUUAGCCUUGUUAUAAUCUAGCCGGCUAUAUUUUGUUAUAAUUGUUGUAGCCUAGCUCUAAUUCACCUGUAACUUAAAAACUUAGCCUUGAUGACUCAGCGUGUUUGUAAUUAGCUGGUUGUAACUUUGGCUAGCUCUAACAUAGAUAUUAGUAUGAAUUGUAUGUAUUGAAACAUAGCCUGGUUAUAAUAUUUUGUGGUUGUAAUUUAGCCAUUUUUUAAGGGAGCCUAGCUUAAUUUAGCCAGGUUGUAUCUUACCAGAAGCCAAAGUAUAAUUCAGCCUGUUUGAACCAUAGUCUGGUUGCAAUUUAUCAAAGUUGUAACUUAGCAUAAAGUGUUUUUGUUAUUGAAGUAUAAUUAGCUGUAGCUGUUAGCUCCACAAACAUAAACAUACAUAUAUUCGCAAUGGAUCCAGACAGAGAAGAAUCUGAAGUGUUUUUGGACACAGAAGACCCAAGCCCUCUGAGAGCAGAGGAGGAAGAGGAGGAGGAGGAUGAGGAUGAGGAGGAAGAUGCUAGGAUCUUCAACGCCUGGAUGCAGCGGUACAGAGGGGGGGAACGGCAGGGGAAAAUCGGAGAAGAGGAGGAGGAGGAGGAGGAGGAAGGGGAGUCAGAGGGGGGAAGAGCUGAAAGCAGAAGCAGCGUAGAGACACCGGUCCGAAUGAAGGUCAACCGCCGGGCGUCGCUGCCGUGUCCGGCUACUCUGUCGGCCAUGCAGCUGUCUUGUCUCCACUCGUCCACCCGGGCUCCGGUGACGGCAAGGGUUCUGCUGCAUCGCCCCUCCUCCCGACGCCACCUGCCAUCCCCUCAGGAGGCCACUGCCCCCGCCCCCGAGCGAAGACCCUCCCUCAUACCCACAAUCCCCGAGGCCACAGCGCCCGAGAGGCGGGGCCAGUUCAGGAGACGCAACGUCAUGUCAUUGAGCGACGCGUACAGUGUGUGUCUGAUCUGUCAUAACGACUUGAAUCGAGGAACCGGCGGCACCAGAGAGCUGCAGUGCACACACACCUUCCACAAAGAGUGUAUAGAGGAGUGGUUGUGGAGGAAGCAGUCCUGUCCUACCUGUCAUGUCCAGGUGUCCGGGCCUCAGCCCGUCUACUGGAGCUCCACCAGGGUCAAAAUCCCCUAAAACCACCACGGAGGGAGAGUGACAUCAUCAAACCCGCCCGAAAUCUAAAGCUUUUGGACUGCGACGUCACUAAAAUCCCCUAAAACGCCGCCAGCAAGAAGACAGUGACACCAGGGUCCUCGUAGGAAGAGGACUGUGACAUCAUCGAGAUGCUUUAUUGGUUUUAUAGCUCUAAUGUCCAGUUCUCUUUCCCACUUCAGCUUCAUGUAGUCUGUUGAGUCCUUCCCCAACAAUGUUCUCAGGUCCGGGUCCACAAUAAUCCGUCCGGUGGAGCCGUGUGCUUUCGGACGUGGACUGGAGGUCCCCUAACUCCCCACCCGUCACUGAAGAAGACUGCGAUGCGUCUACAUCUUAAAUCCUGGGAAGCCGUUUGAUCUCUAACCAACCGGCGAGCCUGAUAUUGAUCAAUCAGGUUUUAAUCCCUCAGGCCUGGACCCUCCCCCCGUCCCCCGUCCCCCCUCUGCAACUAAAAUACAUUGAAACUUUGAGACAGAAGACCACGAGACCUCGAACGCCUCCUGAAACCAGCGGGAGAGGAAGUUUCUAAUGAGAAUGAAAAGGGACUUUACAGUUUAUUGAUGAAAAUGUAAAUGUAGAGAUGUGUGUGUGUGUGUGUGUGUGUGUGUGUGUGUGUGUGUGUGCGGUAACAAGAGAAGUGGUUAGCAGUAUUUUACAAAACUGACAUUAAAAAUAAAACAAUUUUAGCAGUGUUGUUGGGAUUGAAUGAUGAAUAAAGUUUGAUUGCACGUG